AUGACCGGAGUGGGUAGGGAUGUUGGCAUCGAGGAAUUGAGCAAACGUCUGGCUUACCGCUUCGCAAACAAAUGCUUCACCCCACUUGAACUUACCCAUCUGAAAGACAACUUCUUCUCUCGGGCCCUAGACCAAGGAGGCAUUCGCUAUUGGAAUGAAGAGAUAUUAUCAGAAUUUUUGGGUAUCCCCGAUGGCGCAGGGUCGGCAGCAUAUGUUACCAGUGAUGGAUCUCUCGAUGCUGGACCCGUCAUCUUUCGCAUGGUGUCAUACCUUGGGGCGUUUCCAUUUCAAAACACCAUGGCACCAAGCGUAUUGACAUUCGAAGCUAUGGUAAAAGUGAUUGUGCUUCUUACCGAAAGAUAUGGGAAAGUUUUGAGACGAGGGAGAAAGGAUCGAGUUAAGCUACUUUACGGCAGUCUGGCGGAUGUUGGGCGGAGGGAUAUCAUUGUUCAACUCCAAGAAGCCGCAGAAGACUCGAUGGAGUCGGUUGGCGAGGCUGGCCCUGGCUCUGAUCGCACCUUCACGCAUUCUACGGGAUUUUCCGUCGAUAAACCUGCUCAUGACGAUGAUGGAGAGGAAGAUGAUGAUGACCUGGCUCUUGCGGCCCUGGAAUCACUAGAUGCGAUUGAGAUUUUCAAACACGAUCAACGGAUUGAUAAAACUGUCUAUGAGUCGAAGAUUUCUAUAAAUACCUUCCGGCGACUAUUAGCAUUGCUCAUGGUCACAGCUCCACUUCGACCGCUGGGAACAAUUUCGAAAUAUACGACAGGGUUAAGCAGUUCAAUUCUAGAGACAGUACAUGAACAGGUAGAAAGCAUUCUUGCUGCGUUGGCCUUGGACGAUUUAGAGGGUGGCAUUGGGUAUAAAUCAUUUUCCGAAUUGAUAUCAACCUCUCUCCCGUACCUAUUCGACCCCUUGACCCCUCUGUUUGAGCAUCUCCUGUUUAGUAAAAAUCUCGACCUCACUAGAAAACGACAUUCCCAGUCCCAGAAUGACCCUGCAGCUAAGCCAGUUCCAACGCCACCUUCAACUCCUCCAUCGUCCCCUCCCCUAUCCCCCGUUAUCUUAAAUGGUGGUUUUGACUCCUCCAUUCUAAACCCAGCCCUCUUGUCCCAUCUAUCAUUCUUCCUUUCGACCUCUGCUCAAAUUCCGAACAUCUUCCGCAAUCGGACGCGACUCCAUCCUGUCUUCUCUUCGACAGAGCAUGGCGAAUCAUUAACGUCCUUCUCCCACCAUGUCAUGACAUGGCAAGCUCCGAGUAUACUUUUAAUUAAGGGCGCAGUGACAUCAGAAUCUGACGAAGAACAAAUAACCACCAUUGGAGCUUAUCUCCCCCAACCCUGGAAACAAUCCUCAUCGUAUUCCUCCCGGAGGUCGUCCGAUGUUCCCGAUCAAUCAACACUUCCCUGUCUCUUCGAGCUAUCCCCAGUUCACACCGUCCUCCAGGGUUCCCCUUCCCUCUCCUCUCUUAAACCAAACAUGCCCGUAACCUACUUCUCCACCAAAACUGGCAUCGCCAUUGGCUGCCAAAUCCCCCCACCCUCCCGAAAAUCCCUGGGAGCUGAUUUUCUUCCCAAACCCAGCGGCGGCGGCAGUCUCCUCAUCGACCCCGCCCUGGAAGUUGCCACUUUGGUGAUAUCUGAUGGCCUCAACGGGGAAGGCGUAUUUCUCCCACCAGGAAUUUCAGCCCACAGCGCCAGCAAAAGCGUCUCCUGCACAACCCUAGCAGCAUCAACAACAUCCAUAUCUGCCUCAAACCAUAACACCACAAAAUCCAUCUCGAUUUAUAGCCUUGAGGUGUGGGGCAUUAUUCCCUCUCAAUCCCUCAGCGCGCAGCUUGAUUCACCUGGUUCCUUUGUCGACAAACAAGAUGCUAUCACUCAGCAGCGCGCACAAUGGGAUUUUGAGGCGCGAGAAGCGGAACGCAGAAAGGUGAUUAAUAUGAAAGUGGGCGUUGGGGAAUUAGAGGAGCACUCUGGUAGGGCGCUGCUCGAAAUGGCAGGGAUUGUUGGGGAUUCCCAAUAUUCGGGGUUAAGGCACUUGAGGUAG